AUGGAAAUUAAUUUAUUGAAAUAUAUAUUUUUUUUUCUCAUAUAUAUUAUUUCUUCAGUAUGUUACAAGCUUAGGAAUUUUUUGUCUGAUUCUUUCCUUAAAUUAAAUAACAUUAAAACGAAUAGAAAUAUUUUGAAAUAUAACAAAGAAGUAAAUCCUUCUUCAAAAAAGUGGAGUUUAAAAUAUAAUGAAAAUAUUACUCUUCUUAAAAAUGAAGAAAAAGAAAAAUUAUAUGUUUUGAUUACUUCACCAGAAGGUGCUAGAAUAUAUAGAUUCUUAGUUAUAUUAUUUAUAUAUAAUUUAAAAAGAGAACAAAAUUGUAAAAGUUUUGAAAUUUUGAUGGAUAAUCAUAGAUAUGUUAGUGAAAUAUUAAAAAUUCCAAUAAUAUCUAUUGGUGAAUCAUGCAAUAAAAUUUUAAACAAUGAAUUUAAAAAAUCUGAUUUUUUUAAUAUUUAUAAGAAUAUCUCAUUAGAAAAUAAAAAAGAAAUAAUAGAUAAUGAUAUAUUCAACAAAAUUAACAAUGAUAUAGGUAAAUUAAAUAUUGUUUUUUAUCCAAGUAAGUCUAAUUCAACAGUACUAAAAAAAGAAUUAAUCUGUAAGUUUUUUAAUAAUACCCAAAUUACUAAUGCUAAUUUAGUAUGGAUUUCAUCAGCUAUAAGUAAUUCAAAUUUUAAUGAAUUAAGUUUACUUAAUAAGAAAAAAAAUAAUAAAAUAGAAAAAAAUAUAAGAGUGACAAAAAUAAAUUGUUAUGACACAAAAAAAGUAGUCUAUAAAAAAGAAAACAAUAUAAAUAAAAAUUCCAUAAUAUGUCUAAUGAGUAAUAGUACAGCAUUAUCAUUUUAUGAAAAUUUUGGUAACGAUUUUGAUUAUGUUAUAUGUAUGGGAAUAAGUUGCUACAAACUUCUUAAAAAGUUAAAUUUUAAAAAUGUCUAUUUUCCAGAAGAUUCUAAAACUCAUUCUUUCUUAAACAUUUUAGUAAAUUUAUACAAUAAAUUAAAAAAUGGCUAUAAAAAAGAAUUUCAAGUUGUUUUAACUAGAGAAAAAGACAAAAAUGAAGAAUUAAAGAGAAUUUUAUCAGAAUUAAAUAUACCUUUAAAAAUAAUACCAUGCACAAAGACAAAAUAUAAUUUUGAAAAUAUUAAAAAUGUUUAUUCAUUAAUAUACUCAUAUAUUAAAAAUCAAAUUUAA